CUGAUGGUUCUAUAGCUAUGGACUGCGUGGGUCCAAAAGAGGAAUCGCAACUGAACUUCGGCGUCGAGUGUCACCUUGAAUUCUGCCGGGUUGGAAUGGGGGUAGUAAUACGGAACCUCCAGAAGGUGGUACCUCUUCGCCGCUCCAGACUGCGCAAAGACGUGGACACUCUGAGGCACAUUCUGGGCAUCCAGAAAUUCGAUUUGGGCAUCAUUUGUGUCGACAACCAUAAAAUUCAGCAAAUUAAUAACAUUUACAGGAAGAAAAAUGUUCCUACUGAUAUUCUCUCGUUUCCAUUCUAUGAGGACCUGAGACCGGGGAAGCUGCCUUGUCCUCUCCACAGAGAUGAGCUGAAUCUAGGGGACAUUUUCCUCGGUGUUGAGUUUGUGAUGAAGCAAUGUCGGGAAGAAUCUGUAGAUCUUCACGGUGCCCUUACUGUGGUUACCGCACAUGGGAUCUGCCAUCUGUUGGGCUACAGACACGAGACGGACGAGGAAUGGGCAGAGAUGCUGCAGAGGGAGAGCUACAUCCUCAGUGAGUUCAGUCGACUCACGGGCCAACAGCUGGAACCGCUGAUGAAGAGAUGCGGUGAAGAAACGUGACGGGGACCAUAAUCUGCACACCUCACAGCAGCAGUGGGUUGUGUGGCACGAGGAUGUCGACAUUCUGGGAAAUGAAUAGAUGAACGUUCUUUUUCAUACCUUGCAAACUGAGCUCAGUGGCUCUCUUCAGAUCAUCAUCUUCUCUCAACUCUUGAGCUUCCUGCAAUAGUUGAGAUUCAAGAACAGUAAAUAAAUUAUAAAUGCACUUUGACUCGUGUCUGUUGGAUGCCGAUGGUCUGAUUACUCGUCUAUCACUCGUAUUAAAAUCAUCCAGGGCAUAAAGCAGAUGUGACUUGGUUUUUGGUCUCACAUGUUCCUGGAGGCUCUGGGCGAGGGCCUGCUGCAGCUCCUGUUCCUCCCUCUCCUGGUCCAGAUUGUACUGUUGGACCCAGUCUAGCUCCCCCUGCUGUUGCAGACACUCUGGAGUCUGGUUUUCCUUGUUUUCAUCCAUGGUCAAGUCAAGGGAGUCCAGCACAUCUGUACAAAACAUGUAAAUUAAAACCGCUGAUGCAUCAGCAGGUCCCCCCCCCCACUCACAUUGGCCGCCGAUGGCUGGACUGGUUUGUUUGGCUCCAUGCCUUUCCUGGCUUUUGGCCUUUUCUCACUUUCUGCUGGCUACAGUGAGAGCUACUCAACAGAGAUUCCCUGAAGUAAAGCAUUGCCUGGACUUAAACCAAGUUUUACCUAACAGGUACAGGAAAAAUGGCUAUGUCGGGACAUUUCUUCUCCGUCUGUGGCUUCUUAUUGUUCCACCUGUUCAGAGCCUUAGCUUCAGUCUGGAAAUGGAUCAAUCAUCGACUCCUGCACAUGGUAACUCUCUGAAGGACACACCAAGGCUGAAUUUCUUUGGACAUGGAUAUUUAGCAACUUAUUCCAUCUUCUGGCAAAAAGAACAUUACAAUGAGAAAGGAAGCAGACCAAUUAAGCAAAACAAAUGGCAUGCUUACAAUACUACACUGCUACUGCUAAGCGGGGAUAUACAGCUCAACCCAGGACCACUGGGUGCAGUGAACUCUGCUCUUUCUGCCUGCCCCCACUAUGAUCCAGCUGAGCUUGCAACUCUGCUACCUGGGCCUUUGCCACUGCCACCAGGGCCAACGCCAUGGCUAGCUGGGUUUUCACCUUUGCUGGCUGGGCUUCCAUCUCUGAUGGCAGGGCCUUCACCAUUGCAACCUGGGCCUUUACUAUGGCUGGCUGGGCCUCCACCACUGCUGACUGGGCCAACACCACAGCUGGCUGGACCAACACCAUGGCUGGGCCUCCACCACUGCUAGCUGGGCCUCCACCACUGCUAGCUGGGCCUCCACCACGGCAACCUGGGCAAACACAACUACUGGCUGGACCAACACCACGGCUGGGGCCCUUAAACCAGCUGGCUGGGUCCCCACCAUUGCUGGCUGGACCAAGACCGCUCCUGGCUGGGCCACUAACAAACACGGAACUGACUGAAACAGCUGGUAAAUGUCUACACAGACAGUUUCACAUGAGUGCCAAAAGUCAUUUAACCAACAGUGCAACUUUGAAACAGAGACAGUCAAGACUUUUUCAAACUGUGAACCAUGCCCAAGUCAUCUGGAAUUUGGACACAAAACCCAAUGGAAUAUUGGGAGGGCAUAUAAAUGUUAGAAGCAUACUACCAAAAAUAGAUCAGAUACAGAACUUGCUUAUGGAGUCUAAUCUGGAUUUCUUGCGUAUGUCUGAAACUUGGUUGACUAGUAAUAUUCCUACUGACCUAAUUAAUAUACCAAGAUACGCAUGCUACAGGGGGGGGGGGGUGUCUUAAUUUACAUUAGGGAGCAGUUUAAGGUUACAGAGCUCGAUUUGGGUGUAAAUUUGGAGUGCUUAGGAUUGAGCAUAAUUCUCUCACCAACCAUGAAAUUUAGUAUAGUCGUGCUUUAUAAUCCUCCAUCUCAUGAUGUAAAUUUCUAUGAUGAACUGAGAAAUCUUUUGUCUGUUGUUGAUGACUCUCAUGAAUGCAUGCUGUUUGGGGACUUUAACAUCAAUUGGAAAGAUAAAAAGGGUAAGGCAAAACUAAAGUUAACUAUGGACAAAUUUAAAUACAAACAGCUGAUUGACAGUCCUACACGAGUUACUAGAAAGAGUGAAACCCUUAUAGACCUGAUUUUCACAAACAGGCCAGAGAGAGUAACAAAAGUAUACAAUCUUAUUACUGGUCUUUCAGAUCAUAAUAGGAUACUGGUCAUAAGAAAGCUAACAAAAAAGCGUCUAGUUUAUCAUAACAAAACAGAAAAUUAUACUUUAACUACUGGAAUUCCCACGUCAAAAAUGGUUGACUUUGAACGUGAUCUAAAGACAGCUAAUUGGGACAGGGUAAUCACAGAGCCUGAUCCAGACCAUAGUGUAAGCAGUUUUGUCUUGACCCUUCACGGUAUAAUUGGUAAGCACACAAGAACCUGGAAAAGAAAACCUAAGAAAAAGUCUCUUCCUUGGUUCAACAGUGAUAUCAGUCAGCUGAUCAAAGAGCGAGAUUUUGCUCUGAAAAGAUCCUUAAGGACUAAAACCAGAACUGACCAUUUAAUUUACACUGGACUAAGAAAUAAAGUAGUGUCUGAGCUGCAGAAAGCAAAGACUAAUUAUUUUAAUAACCUGACUGAAGAGGCAAAUGGCAACAGUUCUAAACUGUGGCAACAUAUAAACAGACUAACCAAGUCUGGCAAGCAAAAGCACCCAAAAAUAAAUAGCCUUAAAAUAUGUGAUGAACUCAUUAAUAGUAAUGAGUCAAUUGCAAAUGGUUUCAACAGUUUUUUUUAAUCGAGUCUGUGAAAGAUUUAGCCAGUCGUUUUAAAUCAAAUGACCCACCCUGUAACGAAUGUGAUAAGGAUCACACCAACUUCUAUAUAAAAGAAGUAUCCCAGGGUAAAUUUAAAAAAAUUAUUGCAAACAUGCGGAUGUCCAUGGCAAAGGAUAUCCAUAACUUAAAUACUACAUUUAUUAAGAAACAUCACAGUUAUAUGUUGGAGCCAAUCACAGAUUUAGUAAACUUAUCAAUUCAAACAAAGAGAUUCCCAGAAAGCUGGAAAACUGCAAUAAUUGCUCCAGUCUACAAAUCGGGAGAAAAGGACUUGGCAAGUAACUACAGGCCUAUUGCCAUCCUCCCGAUAGUCUCAAAAAUCCUAGAAAAGAUUGUAGCUGUGCAACUAAUGGAUCCAACCAACUGCUUUAUUCACAGCAGUUUGGCUUUAGACAGAAAUACUCCACAGAAUCUGCAAAUUGAUAUCUGCUUGAAAAGAUCAAAACUUCUCUGGAUAAAGGAUGUGUUGUAGGGGCAGUGUUUCUGGAUCUAAAAAAGGCGUUUGACACAGUUAACCACAGGGUCUUACUUAAUAAACUAAUGCAAUUUAAAAUAUCACCUGAAGCUUUGAAAUGGUUCAGUUCAUACCUGGAGGGUAGACAGCAGUGUGGUAGGGUUAAUGAGGUCAAGUCAAGUUUGCUUGCAAACAACAUGGGUGUACCACAAGGAUCCGUGCUUGGUCCAUUGCUGUUUACAAUGUACAUUAAUGACCUUCCGAUGAGCUGCACAGGCAUCAACUGCCAGAUGUAUGCUGAUGACACCGUCAUUUAUGUGUUCACAAAAACACCUGGCCUGGCAGGAGAGCGCCUGACGCAGGCUUUAUCAGACAUCUCAGAAUGGCUAGAGUCAUCCCAUCUAACUCUUAAUGUUGACAAAAACGGUGUCCAUAUGCUUCUCCAUGAGAAACAGGCCUGAUCAGGAACUAUUUCAGGUUAGGAUUAAAGAGGAAAUCAUUGAAGUAAGGAGUGAUGUGAAGUACCUUGGGAUCAUCCUAGACAAAUACUUAAAAUUUGACAUUCAGGUUAAGCACGUCUGUAAUAAGGUUAAUACAAAUUUAAACUGCUUCCGUUUCAUCAGAAGGAACCUGUCACACCAAACUGCUAAACUGUACAUGCAUGCACUGAUCUUCCCCCGCUUAUCAUAUUGCAUUACAUCAUGGUCACAGGCUUCAUCCACCACUCUAAAUCCUAUAGUCUUAAUGUACAAGCAAGCAAUAAAAAUUAUGGACCAGAAACCACUGAAAUGGCAUCAUUGUCGCAUUUUAAGGAAACAUAAUCUUCUCACUUUUGAAAAUGUUAUUAAUUUUAGCACUCCAAGAUUCUUUUUCAAUUGUCUAAAUGAUAACUUGUCUAAACUGUUCGCUACUGUGGCCGUCAGACGUCAGAGCUCUCAUAGAACGAUCACUCGAGCCUCCACCUGCGGUGAUUGUCUCGUCCCGCGGUGCAAGACUUCUUUUGGUCAGUCUGCUCUUUCUGUAAAGGGGGCAAAACUUUGGAACUCUCUACCUGCUGACCUAAAACUAGAAACGGACAGUAAAGUUUUUAACAAAGAACUCAAAACAUGGUUAAAGUCUAAACAACAAUGUCUACAUGAACAGUUUUAAAGUCUUACAUUGCUGCUCAAAUUGCCUUGUUUUAUUCUUUUUAUUCUUUUUUAUUGAAAAUUGUUUGCAAUUUUAA